CUCCGCUCACCUCUGCAAGGCGACCUGCCCCCACAACGCCGCCGCCUGCGAUGAAGACGGCGGAGCCAAGCACCUUCUCGCCGCCGCCUUCCACUGCUAAUCUCACCACCCCUCCUGUAUCCCAUUUACCGCCACGGACGAAGCCCCAGCUCGCCCGCGCUACCUUCUGCCUUCCCGCGGAUCCUGGGACGGCCGAGCCGUCGGGCUACACUGCGGCGGGCAAUUAGUUGGUUCUCCCUCUCCCGUCGUUGGGGGGCAUCCUUCCGAGGCGCAGUGGAGCAAUCGACGGGAGCCCUUGCGGUAAUUGCUCGGAUUCGAAUUCCAGAUCUUUUCGGAGUUUCUACGGCAACAAUUCCCGGCCGUUUCGUCCUUGGAUCCGGACUCCCUUCUUCUAAUCGGAUAAAAGGUGAGGCCUUGGCUCGACUGGAUAUAAAGUGCAGCCAGCCCUCGGUGUGCUUCUUCUCAGAUUAGAUACUACUCCUACAAGCCAAGUCCAAUUGGUUUGCCGCUGAAGCAACUCUUCCCCCACAAGACCUGCUUUUGCAAUUGCUCCAAUGGAGGCCUGUAGCGUAGCCAGGAUAAUGAGCUUAGAACAUUUUGGCCUGAAAUUUUUGCCUAAGCUCCUGGCUCUUUCUCCCGGUUCAUUGGGGAAAUUCAGAAAGGUCUCGCCACCGAUGGAAACUGAAACUGUGUUGAAAAAACUGCCGGAGCUACCGCAGGAUGUAUUGAGAAAGGUCUCGCCACCCAUGCAAACUGAAACUCUGGUGAGAAAUUUGCCGGAGCUGCCGCAGGAUGUAUUGAUGGACAUAUUUUCACUCCUGGAGAUACCUGACCUCAUGCGUGCGGCCGCUGUCAGCUCCUCCUGGCGCUCCGCGUAUACCAGCCUCUGCAGCCAGCUUGAGCAGUACAAACGGCCUCAGACGCCUUGCCUCCUCUACACCUCUGAAUCUGCUGGUGAGAACGUAGCUUGUCUCUACAGCCUCGCGGAGAAGAGGGUCUACAAUUUAACUCUCCCGGAUCCACCCAUCCGCAAUAGGUAUCUUAUUGGGUCAUCACAUGGUUGGCUAGUUACAGCGGAUGACAAGUCUGAGCUACACCUUAUCAAUCCGGUCACUGGUCAACAGAUUGCUCUCCCGUCGGUGGUCACCAUUGGUUAUGUAGAGCCAAUCUUUGGCAAUGAAGGCACACUUAUUAAGUAUGAAUUGUGGGACCAACUGUACGAUCCGGAGGUAGAGCCCGAAAUGUUAAGUUAUGCUCCUGACGAGCUUCGUAACCAUGUCUACAUCAGGGCAUUUAUCUUUCCAGAUCCGUCCACAGGAAGCUACAUUGUGGUUCUCAUCCAUGGUCCAGGAUAUCAGCUUUCAUUUGCAAGGGUAGGAGAUUGUAAGUGGACCCCGCUGCCGCCGGGUUGGGACUAUGAACAAUGCAUCUACAUGGAUGGUCUAUUAUAUGCAUCCACGAAAUCCGGAAGAAUGGAUGCUUUUGAUCUCACUAGUCCUAACGUCACGAGGAAUAUAAUUGCAGAUGAGAUUGACAUUUACAGUAGUGAGUACAAAGGGGUAUUCUACCUUCUUCAGGCUCCAUGGGGCGAUUUGCUGCAAGUUUGCAGGAAGGCAAAACUCAUAGAUGCGGGUUAUGAGGAGCUCAUAGUUAAAACUAAUAAAGUCUUGUUACACAAAGUCAAUAUGGAAGCAGAAGAGCUUGUGGAAAUAAAUAGCUUGCAUCAUAACGUGUUGUUUCUUGGGCGUAACCAGUCGCUAUGCCUUAGUGCCGAAGAAUAUCCGCAACUGAAGGCCAAUUGUGUCUAUUUCACAGAUGAUGAGGAAUGUAAUUGGAAGUAUAAGACGAAUCCCCGGGAUAUAGGUGUUCUUAACCUGGAAGAUGACAAUAGGGAAGAAAUUGUAUCUCCGCUUUGGUGUAGCUGGCCGAGUCCCAUAUGGAUAACACCCAGUCUUACAGUGAUGAACUUGUCAUUGUGCAAAUAGGUAGCCUUUUGUAAUUAUGUACCUUGGUUAUGGGGUCCGUCGACCAAAUCCAUUUUUUUAUGGGCAGAUGCUAUGACAACUGAAGCAUGUCCUGUCUAUCUCCUUUUCAUAUGUUGUUUGCUGUAUCUGAUGAAACUAUGACCGAGAAAUAAAUAUUAGGAAUGAAAAUGGUGCUCUACAACAAUUAUGUUUUCUGUUCUCACAUUUCUUUCCUAUUCACAUGCAUAUUCUGACUGAAUAUUGUUUGUUUGAUAUUUUCCCCCUUAUAACAGAUAGUACAAGCCACGUAGUAACCAUUCGGUAGAAUGGUCUGUUAUUCUCUUCUGUAUGUGAUAUUAUGUACUGUAUUUCUGAUUGCACUGAUGCUUUCAUUGUUCUUGAAUCAUUUAUGUAAUUAGGUUGAUUCGCAUUAACUAGCCAUUGAACGUGACAUCAUGUGCACUAAAUAUUAUCAGCAAAUGUUGUUAGUGCAGUUGCUAAUCCCUGUCCAUAGUUGAAGAUAACUGAAGAUUUUAUUAGAAUGCUAUAUGUAGUUACACUCUUGCUCCUGGGCUACUUUCUUUCAUGCUUUGGCAAGCAUUUCUGCUGAGUUACUUUCAAAAAGCGGAAGGUUCUCACUAGAAACAGUUUAGAAUCUUCAAUUCAGGCCGAAUGUCACUGUGAUUGGCAUAUUUGUUAGCAGGCUCAUAAAAACAUGUAACGGUGGCGUUUUUCCCUCAUUGAACUUUACCAUGCCAUCCAUCUUGCUACAUAUCUGCCAUGAUCAUCAAGCCAUCUCAUGCUCAUUGGGGAUCCAAUAUUCCACUACAAUUUCAAGUUAUUGGCGCAGUCUGCCAAAAAAAAAACAGGAAAACAACUGUUGGCCCCAGAUUCCAAGACGCCUAGGCAGCUAUGAAUCUGAUCUCAUGUUGAGGUUGAACAAGGGGCCAUGACAGUGAAACAUGCAGUAUCUUGCGCACCGCAUUUCGUCAACCCAUGCCUCACAGUGUAGGUAAUCUUCGUCUUAAAAUUGAAAUCUUCAGGGACCACAACUAAUGAUUUGAAUGAUCAUUUCUCGUGAAUGAUGGUUUGGUUUGACCUGCCUUUUGUAUGGGACAUCUGAAUGUCGUAAUGUAGGCUAGUGAAAAAAGUACCCCUGCUUAUGAAACAACGUUGUUGCUUUGACAUGGGUUUAUACAAUUCAUAUCUUCUGCGAUCUUGUAAAACAGCCUCCUUAUACUAGAACUAACAAGUGAUUUUCAGCACUUAAAAAAAGAUUGGAUGGGUGUCUAGCAAAUAUCGAAUGGCGUGCUGUUCAUUCAAAUACUGCUCUCUGUAAUAGUAGAGAAGAUUUUUGUGGAUUUCCACUUACACACGCUAUGGGGCAUUGCGCAGGUUCAAGCCACAUAUGCGCAGAUGGAUGAAAACUAUGAUGGAAACACUCGUCAGCGGGAACUUGCUCUACCAAGAACGUGUAUGCCUUGGUGAUAUGGGUGUAUGAAAGAAGUUGAAUAAUAUAUGCAGAGACAUCAGCAGUAACAUCCUCUUAGAUAUUGAUGAUGCUGUUCGGAAAUCAAGAGAAUACACUAACAUGGCGUGUCUAUAACACUACCGGAAAUGGCGUGUCUUUUCUAGCUGCAAGCGCAGGCAAGCUGUUGCAUGUGCCCAAUGCUAUUCGAUCGAAGGCUGGCAAGAAGAGGGUUUGUCCAGUUAGGCGUGCGAAGGGCUUUUAUUUGAAGAUUGAUGCUUUUAAUCCCUAUGAUAAGUCUAAGUAUAGUUCAGAGACAUUAUGUAAGGUCCAGAUCAUUCUGGCUGGUUCUGAAUUUACAUUCAGACCCUGCAGCUGUAUUUAGUUUGUCUUAAAAACAGGCAGAGCGCGUAUUUACUUUUGUUGUGGGAAAAGAAGUGUUGUCACUGUAAAUACAAAAUUUACAUACGAAA